GAAGAUCUCUGAUUUCAAUCGGAAGACACAAGUCAGAGAUGCAUCUUAAUUAGCGCUUAACGCAAUCUCUCUUCAUUGCAGCCUUGCAGGUCAACCACCUCCCAACAUCCCCGAUGACCGCAACCUCCUACCUCUUAGUUGUCUCUACUCUCUUAAUAAUGAAUCCGGUUGAUGAGCCGUGAAACCAUGGGGAUUCCAGUACGUAAUACCAAGUCCGCCUCGGCUGCCACCCCCCAGACCCUCCCUUCCUCAGAUCCAAUCACACCCCCCCGGCUUAUCGCUUCCAGCUCGCGAAGGGCGCAGGAACUGGCGGCGAACAACUUCUCUUACGUGUGGGAAACCCUCUUCAUGGAGAGACUCGGAAUCAUCCUCGCUGAUCGAUCGCUUCAUUCGGAGAUUCUCUUAUUGAUCCUGAUGACUACCAUGAUUGCAAGUCAGACUCAUCCAGUCACUGCAGCUAUAAUAUCAAUCCAUGGGGAAGGGCAGGAGGGAAGGAAGAUGAGUUUGUUUUCCGUCCCUCUCUCUCUGUCUCUCUGCUGUGUGGAUUACUUGGAAAUCAAAGAAACCGGAUUUCCUGUUGAAACUUGGAUGAGAUCUUCGAUUCUAUAUAUACUUUCUUGAGGGGUACUUACUAUUUCUUGGAAUAUCCCCAAACAGGAAGGGUUUAUCUCUUUAUCUAUCCAUCUACUAUCCAUCUGCCUUUUUUU